UGUAGUGCUCUGCCCCAGGAAAGAACAUGGCUCAGUCGCUCAGCCUUAUCAAUUUCUUCCUCUUCUUCUUAGCGGUGCUGCUCCUUUAUCAUUACAGCAACAUCUUCAGAUACUACUUCAGGAUUUGCUUUUUAAAAGGCUGGUUACUCAUGUGGUCCUUUGUACUACUUCCUGUCCUAGCUUUCCGUGGAAGGAAUGUGGCAAAUAUGAGAGUUCUGCGUUUCAUCAUGCUACCUUUGAAACACCUUUAUGGCAUUAAGAUCAAUGUGCAGGGAGCUACAAACCUAAAUCUGAAAGGACCAUAUGUCAUCAUCUCUAAUCUUCAGUGCUCUAUGGACUUGCUUGGGAUUUUUCAAAUCUUGCCCGAACGAUGUACCCUCUUCGUCAAGAAAGAGGUCCUGUACAUGUUGACUGUUGGUGUUGUCUUGUGGCUGUGUGGUGUCAUUUUCAUUGAUCAUAAAAAGGAAGCAGAAGCUGUUGAGAUAAUGUCAGCAGCAGGAGACACCAUGCUCCGGGACCAUCUGCGAAUAUGGGUAUUCUCUGAAGGCCACAGAACUGGUGAAUCUACCAUGGAGCCCUUGCAAAGAGAGGCCUUCCAUUUGGCAGUGAAGGCCCAGGCACCGGUCAUUCCUGUGGUGAUGUCCUCUUAUGAACCAUUUUUCAACAUGAAGACUAACAAAUUCACAUCUGGGGACAUCACGGUCCGGAUUCUUCCGCCGGUGAAGACCGAGGGAUUGAGCCCGGUUGAUAUCCCAGACUUAACAGACCGCGUGUGGGAGACCAUCCUGUCCAACUUCCACGAGAUCUCAGGAGAGCCUGGGAAACAAGCAAGUGUGGCCAAGGAAGACACCAGACAAGCCACCAAUUACUAAGGACCUCAGCAACCAGUUUUUCCUCCCUUCAUGUGCUUCUUCUUGGGCUUUACGUGGAUCUACCCAUUUAUGUGGCUGCCCUGGGCAUCUUAACCGGUGACCCGGACAUGUUGUGAGCAGAGUGCAAACUUCCUUUGGGAGAAAGCCGAGAGAUCCUCGGGGGGGGGGGCGUAAAAGUGGUUCUCUUCGUUUAGGCUCAAGUCCUGCUUCCCUUUCCCAUGCAGUGCAAAGGAUAGAGAGCAAAAAUCAGUGGGACCCCCAGGCAGUGCAAACCCAGUCAGGCCGGCUGCGGUUCCCAAACAGGUUUCUUGGCCGAGUUGCUAUGCGAGCUGGAACUGGGGAAGGCGGCAGCAUUGUGAGGCGAGCGCUCGUUGCCGUGGCAACCAACACCUCUGAUGCAAGAGGGACGGCUUGGCCUGAGCCAGAUCGAGAGCCUGUUGGGAGGAGGAAUUCGCAAUCUGAUUGCGAGGCCGCCCACGUGCUUCGCAUAUCCUCCUGAAGGCUGGAGCGGAGGCCUGUGCCUUAACGUGGCCGCAGGGAGCUCAGCUUUUUUGCACGCAGGUAAAUAUGGCUCAGGAGGACCAUUUCAUCGGAUGCCUCCCGGGAGGAGCUCCCCUCCCUUGCUUUGGCCGUGCAGCUGGUUGUGGGAAUCCCAGCCAUUGUCUUAGCGUGUUGCAUAAACCGGGCCAUUGCAUUAAACCGUCAUGGGGUUGACCGCUUCAGGGAAUGGCUUGUUUUGUCAGCAUAGCCACUGUCUUUUGUUAACCCGGGUUAGUGAGUUGUGUGAAUGCAGCUAGAGGUGGUGGGGCUACAGGGAAAAGCAUCUGAUUUUUCAGAUGCAUUAUACCAUACUGUGCUGUAUAUGUUGGCAGGAGGGAAAACGUGAGGGGCUUGGAACUUCGACAAUUAACCCUGGCUUAUUGUGGCAUUUUUCCCUCCCAGUGGGGCUUUCCCAGUACAGGACCAGAUCCUGCAAUACUACUUACACUUGUUUGCCCAGGAAGUC